AUGAGCACUCACCAGAGCUGCAGGAACAACUCGUUGGCGGAUACGAUGCCCGGGGACGUGAUUAAGUAUAAUCUGCGAUGCAAUCGCAACAUCAGCGAGAAGAUGACGAAGAAAGAUUUUGUCUACGACAUCCGUCCUCCACACCAAAGUGCCAGAAAGCUGGAAGAAGGAAAGUACCCGGUGGUGUUGCCGUUACAGUUACGUCGUAGACAAAGCUCCGACUCGAGAUUGCCCCAGUACACGGUGAUUUCGGAAAAAAACAAUCUAGGCGGUGAUGGGGACGCUACGAACCUUUCAGAGCAACGACCAUUGGGAUUUGAGUGCAAUAUCUGCCGCGAGCAGAUUGCCACUUUGCUAUCAUUAUCGACACACGUCAAGUCGCAUCGACGAGCGUACUGCAAGUAUUGUUACUGGAUCCUGCUGGAGAACGAAACAAUGGAAGAGCACAUCGAGACCAACCACAGAAUCGAUCCAUCCACCGCGGCGAAUGCCUAA